CCACUGCAUCUCCCUGUAGUGCAUAUUCCAAGUCUAAGUCCCAGAAAUGGAAUAAAAGCAAUAAUAUUUCUUCAACUUGCUGAAAAUCUGGCAUUUCCUUGGUUGGGUUGAAAGACCUGAAGUGUCUCACAUUGUCAUGCAUGAACAGAGAUAGAAGUUUCAGAUCUAUCAUGGCAUUUUGUGAUUUUCACUUGCACAAAGCUCUGUCAUCCCUGUUCAUACAGCUUGUCAAGCAUCCAAAGGCUCCAAAGCACAGACAAAUCUAAACACUUACUUCUUGAGAAGAAUCUAAUGCUUGUCCUUAACACCAAAGGAAAACCCAAAAUCUAGAUGUGCAGAUUCAUCUGCAUUCCCCAAGUUUCUUGGCAUUUCUGCUUUGCAGUGUAACAGACACAUUUCUAUAUCUAAGCCCCUGCUCCAGGCUGCCUUCUGAUAAGAUUUUAAAGCAAUUAUUCUCUUGAGACAUGCUUUGUGUAAUAAUGGAAAACUGCUAGAAAUAAGUGUAACUGUUACAGUGAAAAGUGGAGCCUUUGCAGGUAGCGGUCAGGUAGCAGCAGUGGCUGUUGUAGCUGGUUGCAUGGUGCGUGGAUCAGAAUUGGAGAUCUGAAAGAUUAAUGUGUAUUUUUUUAGUUGCUAACCCUUGCUGGGCUGGAAAGAACAUGAAAUUCCAUCUUGUGGAUAUACUGGAUGGUCCUGAUUUAGAGCAGUUGAGACAGUGGCAGUGUGCAAAUGGUUUUAAACAGUGGAAUAUGUUCUUGGUGUGGUGGCCAGCAGAUGCCAGUGACUAGUUGGCACAGGGGCUACCUGUGGGUCACUGCUCAUUGCUAACUGGUUUCCUGCAUUCUGCUCCCAACUGGGCACCUGAACCAGUGAGGGAAUAUGGGAAGAGUGGCUCUCGCUGCCUGCGUGUGCUCUUUGCUCUGAUCCUGCAGCUGGGUAUGGGGAGCAGGGACCAUCCCCCUUGCUUUAGGCAUGCCAGGGAGCAGGAAAGGCCCUGUCUGAAUCACACUGACAGUUCAGUAUCAGGACAAAGCCCCAAGCUGGUACUUGGUGUGGUGUGUCUGGCCUUUUGCAGACACUCAGUACAUCCACUGUGCCGAGUUCAAAGGGACGAUCACAGGGGAUGCUUGCUAAAAAAAGCUUUCCCUCAUCCUCCAGGCUUAGGGGGAUUCUAGGAAUUCAUGAUUCAUGAGCUGUGGGGCUGUAGUGUCCAUUUUUAGUGACCUUCAAUGAAAUUAAGGGCAACAUGGAACAUGUUUGUCAAAACACUAGUGACAAUGACACUCCUGCAAGGCCACAGGGUCAGCUUUCCUGGGGCAAACGCAAGCAGGGCCAGCAGUGUCUGCAAGAUGAGGUAAUGUCCCCCAUGCAGCAGAAGCAGAUGCCCCAGGGUGCUCUAGCUGGGAAUGGUGCUUUGUGGGGUGCAGGAGCUAUUUGGGAUAGGCUUCUGGCAUCACAUAAGUCUUGCGGGCUUUGUUCUGCUGAGGGAAUGAUCAGCCUUUGAUGAGUGGCCAGGCAGUGCGGAGGGCAAAUGGGUGCUACUGGACAGUGACAGAAGAUGACCAAAGCAGGCAGGACGACUCAGAGUGGGGGAGACCCUUCUGCUCAUGAACCAGGAGCUACUAUGUGUGCAAGCAUGAAGCCUCCCAUUGCUUCUGCCAACUGCUCUCCUGCCCUGCUCUACAAGAGAUCAGAGAUGUCAGCCUGUUCCUUCCUUCUGUUGACUGAUCUUUAAGCUCCAGCCAUGAGCAGAGACGCUGGCAUGGAGGUUUUCGGGGAGGCUGCACCGUACCUGCGCAAAUCAGAGAAGGAGAGAAUUGAAGCCCAGAACCAGCCGUUUGAUGCCAAGACCUACUGCUUUGUGGCUGACCCCGAAGUGGUGUACACCAAAGGGAAGAUCAAGGCUGCACAGGAUGGGAAGAUAACUGUUGAGACAGAGGACGGCAGAACACUUGCUGUCAAACCUGAUGAUGUCUAUGCCAUGAACCCACCUAAGUUUGACAGAAUUGAAGAUGUGGCCAUGUUGACCCACCUGCAUGAACCUGCUGUCCUCUACAACCUCAAGGACCGCUACAGCUCCUGGAUGAUCUAUACCUACUCGGGUCUCUUCUGUGUCACCGUCAACCCCUACAAGUGGCUGCCAGUGUACAGCCCGCAGGUGGUGGCUGGCUACCGAGGCAAGAAGCGCCAGGAGGCCCCUCCGCACAUCUUCUCCAUCUCUGACAAUGCCUAUCAGUUCAUGCUGAUUGAUCGUGAAAAUCAGUCCAUCCUGAUCACUGGGGAGUCCGGAGCAGGGAAGACUGUGAACACAAAGUGUGUCAUCCAGUACUUUGCCACGAUUGCAGCGAGUGGGGACCUAGCCAAGAAGAAGGAGUCUUGGAUGAAGGGUACACUCAAAGAUCAAAUCCUCAGUGCAAACCCACUGCUGGAGGCCUUUGGGAAUGCCAAGACUGUGAGAAAUGACAACUCCUCGCGCUUUGGUAAAUUCAUUCGUAUUCAUUUUGGGACCUCUGGAAAAUUGGCCUCUGGUGACAUUGAGACCUACUUGUUGGAAAAGUCAAGAGUCACUUUCCAGCUGAAAGCGGAGAGAAGCUACCACAUCUUCUACCAGAUCCUCUCCAACAAGAAGCCUGAGCUGCUUGAGAUGCUCCUCAUCACAUCCAACCCAUACAACUACCCAUUCAUCAGCCAAGGGGAGAUUUCUGUGGCCAGCAUUGAUGACCAGGAGGAGCUUGUUGCCACAGAUGCAGCCAUUGGCAUCUUGGGCUUCAGCCCUGAUGAGAGAAUGGGGAUUUACAAGCUGACAGGGGCAGUCCUGCACUAUGGAAACAUGAAGUUCAAGCAGAAACCACGUGAGGAGCAAGCAGAGCCAGAUGGCACAGAAGAGGCUGACAAAGCAGCAUACCUGAUGGGCCUGAACUCGGCAGACUUGCUGAAAGCUUUGUGCUAUCCCCGGGUAAAAGUGGGAAAUGACUAUGUCAUGAAGGGCCAAACAGUGCAUCAGGUGCACCAGGCAGUGAAUGCCAUUGCCAAAUCAGUCUAUGAGAAACUCUUCUUCUGGAUGGUGAUGCGCAUCAACCAACAACUGGAUACAAAGCUUCCAAGACAGCACUUUAUUGGGGUCUUAGACAUUGCCGGCUUUGAGAUUUUUGAGUUCAACAGCUUUGAGCAGCUGUGCAUCAACUUCACCAAUGAGAAACUGCAACAGUUCUUCAACCACCACAUGUUCGUGCUGGAGCAGGAGGAAUACAAGAAGGAAGGAAUUGAAUGGGAGUUCAUUGACUUUGGGAUGGACCUGGCGGCCUGCAUUGAGCUCAUUGAGAAGCCUAUGGGCAUCUUCUCCAUCCUGGAAGAGGAGUGCAUGUUCCCCAAGGCAACUGACACCUCUUUCAAGAACAAGCUCUAUGACCAGCAUCUGGGCAAGUCCAGCAACUUCCAGAAGCCCAAGCCUGGCAGAGGCAAGGCUGAGGCUCACUUCUCACUGGUGCACUAUGCUGGCACGGUGGACUACAACAUCAGUGGCUGGCUUGAGAAGAACAAAGACCCUCUGAAUGAAACUGUUGUGGGGCUGUAUCAGAAAUCAUCUAUGAAAAUUUUAUGCAAUCUUUAUGCCAAUUUUGCUUCCAUAGAUGAAGCUGAAGGUGGUGGGAUUAAGAAGAAAGGAACCAAGAAAAAGGGCUCUUCCUUCCAAACUGUCUCUGUACUCUUUCGGGAAAACCUAAAUAAGCUGAUGUCCAACUUGCGAACAACCCAUCCUCAUUUUGUGCGUUGUAUCAUUCCCAAUGAAACAAAGACCCCAGGCCUGAUGGAUCACAAGCUUGUUCUGCACCAGCUGAGAUGUAACGGUGUCCUGGAAGGCAUUCGAAUCUGCAGGAAAGGAUUUCCUAACAAGAUACUAUAUGGGGAUUUUAAACAAAGAUACCACCUUCUGAAUGCAGCUGUCAUUCCAGAAGGACAGUUUAUGGAUAACAAGAAGGCGUGUGAAAAGUUGCUGUCUUCCAUUGAGAUAGAUCAUACUCAAUACAAACUUGGACACACUAAGGUGUUCUUCAAGGCAGGUUUGCUGGGUGUCCUAGAAGAGAUGAGAGAUGAUUGCUUAGGAAAACUCAUCACACAGACACAGGCCUUAUGCAGGGGAUACCUCAGGAGGCUUGAAUUGAAAAGAAUGUUAGAUCAUAGGUGUGUAUCUUCUGCGAGGUCUGCUUUCUCAAGAUGUGUUUUUUUCAGAGUACUGAUGGAUCGCUUUGAUUUCAGGGAGUCUAUCUUCUGCAUCCAGUACAACAUCCGUGCGUUCAUGAACGUCAAGCACUGGCCCUGGAUGAAGCUGUACUUCAAGCUAAAACCCCUUUUGAAAAGUGUGGAAACUGAGAAGGAAAUGGCCACGAUGAAGGAAGAGUUUAAGAGAACAAAAGAAGAACUGGCUAAAUCAGAAACCAAGAGGAAAGAACUGGAACUAAAAAUGGUGACUCUGAUGCAUGAGAAAAAGGCUCUGCAGCUGCAAGUACAGACUGAAAAUGAAAAUCUGGCUGAUGCUGAAGAAAGAUGUGACCAGGCGAUCAAAGCCAAAUUCCAGCUGGAAGCAAGAAUGAAGGAGGUAAUGGAAAAACUGGAGGAUGAAGAGGGGAUAAAUGCUGAUCUGGCAGCCAGAAAGAGGAAACUGGAGGAUGAAUGUUCAGAACUGAAGAAAGAUAUUGAUGACCUUGCGUUAACAUUGGCCAAAGCUGAAAAAGAAAAGCAUGCCACAGAAAACAAGGUUAAAAAUCUAACUGAAGAAAUGACAGGUUUAGAUGAGACUGUUGUGAAGUUAGACAAGGGGAAGAAGGCCCUGCAAGAAGCACAUCAGCAGGCACUGGAUGACCUGCAAAUUGAGGAGGACAAAGCUAAUACCCUCACCAAAGCCAGGAUCAAGCUGGAGCAACAAGUGAACGAUGUUGAAGGAUCUUUAGAACAAGAAAGAAAAGUUUGUAUGGACCUUGAACGAGCAAAGAGAAAGUUUGAAGGAGACUUGAAACUUGCCCAGGAAACCAUAGUAGAUCUGGAGAAUGAUAAACAACACUUAGAUGAAAAAUUAAGGAAGAAAGACUUGGAAUUUAACGAGAUGCAAAAUAAAAUUGAGGAACAGCAGAGUUCAGGUAUUCAACUGCAGAAGAAGGUCAGAGAAUUGCAGGCCCGUGUGGCAGAGCUGGAAGAGGAGACUAUGAGUGAGAAAGCGAUGCGGGCAAGGGCAGAGAAGCAUUGUCAUGAGCUGUCGAAUGAACUUGAGGGAAUCAGUCAAAGACUUGAAGAGGCUGCAGGAGCCACCACUGCUCGAAGUGACCUCAACAAGAAGUGUGAGGCCGAGUUCCAGAAGAUGCGUCGUGACCUCGAAGAGGCCACGCUGCAGCAUGAAGCCACGGCUGCUGCCCUGCGGAAGAAGCACGCGGACAGCACUGCUGAGCUUGGGGAGCAGAUCGACAACCUGCAGCGAGUGAAGCAGAAGCUGGAGAAGGAGAAGAGUGAGCUGAAGAUGGAGAUCAACAGCUUGGCCAGUAGUACAGAGACCAUUACUAAAUCCAAGGCUCAUCUGGAAAAAAUGUACCGCACCCUGGAAGACCAGAUGAGAGAUAUAAAAGCCAAAUGUGAGGAAAACCAGAGAAACAUGAAUGAGAUGGUGAUCCAAAAAGCUCAGCUGCAGACAGAGUCUGGUGAACUGAGCCGUCAACUCGAAGAGAAGGAAACCAUAACUGUGCAGCUGGCCAGAAGCAAGCGGGCAAUUGCACAGCAAAUAGAAGAGCUUAAGAGGCAGCUAGAGGAAGAGAGCAAGGCCAAGAACGUGCUGGCCCACGCCCUGCAGUCUGCUCGCCACGACUGUGACUUGCUCCGGGAACACUAUGAGGAGGAGCAGGAAGCCAAGGGGGAGCUCCAGCGUGCCUUGUCCAAGGCCAACAGCGAAGUGGCCCAGUGGAGAACCAAAUACGAGACGGACGCUAUUCUGCGCACGGAGGAGUUGGAGGAGGCCAAAAAAAAGCUCUGUCAGCAUCUCCAGGAAGCAGGGCAGCAGGCAGAGACUGUGAAUUCAAAGUGUGCCUCCUUGGAGAAGAUUAACUUGAAGUUACAGGGAGAAGUGGAGGAUCUGACAGUGGGCAGGGAGAGAGCAAACACACUGGCAGCUGCCCUUGACAGAAAACAGCAGAACUUUGAUAAGGAAGUGAAACAUGAUGUCUUUCAGGUCAUGGCAGAAUGGAAGGGAAAGUAUGAGGAGAGCCAACUGCAGCGGGAAGCUCUCUCUAAAGAAUCACACUCACUAAACGCAGAGCUUUUCAAAGUGAAGAAUGCCUAUGAGGAAACCUUAGAUCAGCUUGAAAUGAUGAAACGGGAGAACAACGCUCUCAAACAGGAAAUAGCUGAUCUGACUGAACACAUUACUGAAAAUGGCAAAACGAUUGGAGACCUUGAGAAAGCCAGAAAGCAAGCUGAAGUAGAAAAAUCUGAGCUGCGAUUAGCUCUGGAAGAAGCAGAGGCAACUCUUGAGCAUGAAGAGGUGAAAAUUCUUGGCAUCAACCAAGAACUGACUCAGAUUAAAUCAGAAAUCAACAGAAAGAUUGCUGAGAAAGAUGAGGAGAUCAGCCAGUUAAAAAAGAAUAAUCAAAGGACUGUGGAGACAAUGCAGGGUGUUUUGGAUGCUGAGAUCAGGAGCAGAAGUGAAUCCUUAAGGCUGAAGAAGAAGAUGGAGGGAGACCUGAAUGAAAUGGAGAUCCAGCUGAGCCAUGCCAACCGCCAGGCUGCUGAGGCACAGAAACACCUGCACAGAAUCCAGGGAGUUCUCAAGGACACUCAGCGGCACUUAGACGAUGCUCUGAGGACACAGGAGGACCUGAAGGAGCAGGUGGCCAUGGUGGAGCGCAGAGCAAACCUGUUGCAGGCUGAAGUAGAGGAGCUACGGGCAGCCCUGGAGCAGACAGAGCGGUCCAGGAAAGUGGCUGAGCAGGAACUGAUGGAUGCUACUGAACGUGUGCAGCUCCUCCAUACCCAGAACACCAGCCUUCAUAAUACAAAGAAGAAGCUUGAAACUGAUAUGGCACAAAUCCAAACUGAGAUGGAAAAUAUUACCGAUGAAGCAAAAAAUGCUGAAGAAAGAGCAAAGAAGGCAAUCACAGAUGCAGCCAUGAUGGCAGACGAGCUGAAAAAGGAGCAGGACACCAGCGCCCACCUGGAGAGGAUGAAGAGGAACCUGGAUCAAACAGUGAAGAACCUGCAGCACCGUCUGGAUGAGGCUGAGCAGUUGGCACUGAAGGGAGGAAAGAAACAGCUCUUGAAGACGGAGGCCAGGAUCCGGGAGUUAGAAGCUGAUCUGGAAGAAGAACAUAAACAAUCUGCAGAGGCUACGAAAAACAUCCGCAAAUACGAACGGCGUGUCAAAGAGCUGACUUUCCAGAAUGAAGAACACAGGAAGAACAUGAUGAGGUUACAAGAUCUGGUAGAUAAACUGCAGAUGAAAAUCAAAUCCUACAAAAGCCAAGCUGAGGAAGCUGAUGAACAAGCCAAUACCAAUCUCUCCAAAUUCAGAAAAGCACAGCGCAAACUGGAAGAGGCUGAGGAAAGGGCAGAUAUUGCUGAAAGCCAAGUAAACAAGCUCAGAGCUAAAACCCAAGCAGCCCCUUCCGCAAAGUACUGACCAGCUGCCAGCCUGCGAGCCAC